AAUAAAAAAUGUUCGGUUGCUAUCAUGAAUCCAAUUACAAUUAUUUCAGAUAACUUCACUAUAUUAAUUGCCGAAUUUAAAUUUAAACGACGGUUGACCGGUAACCUGAUGAAUGUUUACAUCCCUAGUACAUUAGUGGUCAUGCUGUCAUGGCUCUCAUUUUGGAUCGAUGUCCACGCAGCACCCGCACGAGUUACUUUGGGUGUGACUUCAAUCCUGACUUUAGUCACUCAUUUGGUGGAGUCCAGAAGCUUUGUGCCUCCAGUGGAUUAUUUGAAGGCUCUGGAUAUUUGGUUUAUGUUCUGCAUUGUUCUGAUAUUUUUAUCUUUACUGGAAUAUGCUCUAGCUUACCAAUCCACCAUCAAAAUGAAAGAGAAAAAAGAAACUCGAGUUUAUUCGAUAGCUUCCCAUCCGAAGGAAAAGAAACCGGGAAUGAUUCGUAGAUGGUUGUGGCACAUAAAUGAUAUAAAGAACACUCUGAUUGACUCAAAGCACGUAAAUCCUUACGAUAAAGUUUCCAGAUAUAUAUUUCCCUUCGCAUUUAUGAAUUUUGCAAGCUUAUAUUGGAUAUAUUAUCUGGGCCCAAUGAGAUAUGACCAUGAAAGAGUAUGAAAGUUUUCUCCUAAUACUGUCAAACUUUUUAACUGUUCAACUUUGUUAUUUAAUUCCUUACAAAUCUCGUAAAAAAGUUACAAUGUUUAAAUAAAAUUUAAAAACGUAUAAAGCCUUUAUCCACCGAAAACAUUUUUAACAUUCAAACAGAUUACAUACGUAAAGACAAGUAACAAGAUAAAUAAUUGCGAUAAGAUAAUUGAGAAUUUUUCACUGCAAAGUUGAUUAUAAAAAAGAGAAAUUCUGUACUUUUUAGCCGGUACGACUAUUUUUAAAGGAAAAGUAUGAUACACAGGGGCAAGCCACUACUAAUUUG